GUAAGGAUAACCUGACCCCCUUGCUGUACAGUGGGAAAAUAAAAAAAUUAAAAAAAAAUAAGUAAAUAAAUUUGUGGUAGUCCACUGUCAUAUACCAGGAUCUUUCUGGCUUUUGGAGAGACAAAUUUAGUGAGCCAAAUGAGAUGAAUUAAACACAGAAAUGAUAGAGACCACCCCCCUACUUUGCUGAAAUCAUUACGGGUAGUACUAAUCUCUGCACUCCCCAGGAUGUGAUAGUGCUCUUUAUUUACUCUCUUGACCGUCCCUGUUAUGAUCGCUCUAAUCCCCCAGGCCAAGGAAUUAGUGUGGGGUUCUGCCAGCUACCUCAUAUGUUCAUUCCGAUUAUGCUUUAAGACUGAAGAAAUUAUCACUGGGUGAGUCCAGGGAUCCCGUGAACACCCUGAGAGUCAUAACUGAGCUAAAACUACAUUUAGUACCUGUCCCUACUCUAAAAGAAGGUUCAGAUCACUUAGUAUCAAUGUCAGCUCAGACUCUGCCUCACAGUCCUCAGAAUGUUUGGAUAUUUUCUUUUCCCCAGUGUAUGGUCAUACAAGUAAGUCCCUUUGUUGAAGGUCUGCAGGAAUCACAGAUUUAUCAAAAUUUGUUUGUCAGAGUAGUGGUAUCCAAACCUCAUGGAAAUCUGGUCCCUCCUUUGGUCAUUGGGUUCUUCCAGAACCUAGGCAAGAGCUUUAUCUUCCUGCUGGGGACGAUGUCCUCAAUUUUCUGAUCACAUAUUCAUAACUUUUUUGCUUGUGUAAAUUAAACAGUAUCCAUGGAAGAUAUCCACAAUGAUUAGAAGAUUGCUUCAAUAACAGUAAGUUCUUCCCUAUCAAACUUCAUAUACCUCCGUAUUGAUCUAGUACCCACAGGAUAUAGUUUAUAAGCAUUCUCUCAGUUCCUACUGGUCUAUAUAUGUAGGUGAAGUCUUUUACUUUGUUCAACAUAGUCUUUUUCUUCCCUUCACAGACUCAGUUUUUGUUCAGGUAGAUUAUGUUGUGACUUUAUCCCAGUUAUUGGUGUGGAGGUCCAUGGGAGUGAUUUUGGUAGUUUUUUCGUUUGUCUGUUUUGGCCACAGCUAUAGCAUGUGGAAAUUCCCAGGCCAGGGGUCAAACCUGCACCACAGCUGUAACCAUAGCCAUAUCAACGACAACACUGGAUCCUUAACCUGCUGAGACUUGAGGGAAUUCAUUUUUGGUGGAUCUUAAUGGAGAGUGCAUGGAAUUUCUUACAAAAUUUCAAGCAAGAGUGGGGCACUAACCACUAACAGGGAAGAGAGGCCGCUUUUUCAUUCUCGGAGGGUUUAGGGGAAUCUGAGGAUUUGAUUUUCAAGUGAAUUAACCCAGAUGUCCCCAUUACAUGACUCACAAUCCCAUUUUUUUCCCAAUUAAGGCCCCAACCUUGGCAUAGCCAACCUGCUUAAAUUGAGAAUUAAACCUUCUCUGGAGCUCUGCCACUCUUACGAUUAAUUCCUGAGGCUGGUGCUCAACUUUUUCUGCAUCUGCUGCAAGAGUUACGCCAGCACUUAGACUUGCCACAGAUCAAGUUACCAAUUGCUUCUGUUGUGUUCACUUAUUCCCAGAUGCUCUUUGAGCACUCUGUGAUACAGGAAAAGGGUGAAAUUGCAGUUAUAUUUGGUUGGGUAGACCCAGUAAAAUGAAAGAGAAUUAAGCUGCAAGCAAGAGAAGAGAUCAUUGUUGGAGCAUCAUUCUAGAGGAGAUACUGCAUGAAGUUAUGUGGAAAUGAGGAAGCUUCACAAAACCCCUCCUCUUAGAGAGAAUGUCCUUCAUAAAUGGAGCUUUGCUUCAGGUUUUCACCGGACACUAACAUUGUGGCAGAGCCACAGCGGCCCUUCCUGCUAUUUUCAGUGACUCACAGAACACCUGAAUAGUGAUGCUGGCGUUGGAUUUGCAGGUUUCCAUCCUGAUACCUUGUUUACUUCUUUGGGGCAGAACAGCUUGCAGUAAUUGCUCUCCAUGGUGGCUAAUCUUUUCAAGAGCCUGAUUUUACCUUACAUACACAAGCUUUGCAAAGGAAUGUUUACAAAGAAAUUGGGAAAUACAACCAAAAAAAAAGAGAAUCGCCAGCUAAAAAAGGAUCAAGACAUUCCUACCGCCAACCAGACGAAACCCCCCAAAUUUUCGAAUACCUUGAAAAGCACUGUAAAGAAGAUUGCCAAGUGUUCCUCUGCCCGCAACUUAUCCACUGAGGAAGACGAGGCUAACAGAGAAUUCUCCCUCUCCCCCACGUUCAGUUACCGAGUCGCUAUUGCCAAUGGCCUCCAGAAGCGCGUCCAGGUAACCAAUGGUGAUAAUGAGGAUCUUCUUCAAGAGUUAUCUUCCAUCGAGAGCUCCUACUCAGAAUCACUCAGUGAACUAAGGAGCAGUACAGAGAACCAGGCACAGACAACACACACGAUGCCAGUGAGACGCAACAGGAAGAGUUCGAGCAGCCUGGCUCCCUCUGAGGGGAGCUCUGAUGGGGAACGCACUCUGCAUAGCUUGAAACUAGGAGCUUUACGCAAACUGAGGAAAUGGAAAAAGAGUCAAGAGUGUGUCUCCUCAGAUUCAGAGUUGAGCACAAUGAAGAAAACUUGGGGAAUAAGAAGCAAAUCUUUGGACAGAACUGCCCGAACCCCAAAGACAAACACCCUGGAACCUGGAUUCAGUUCCUCUGGCUGCAUUAGCCAAACACAGGAUGUCAUGGAAAUGAUCUUUAAGGAACUUCAAGGAAUAAGUCAGAUCGAAACAGAGCUUUCUGAACUCCGAGGGCAUGUCAAUGCUCUCAAGCAUUCCAUCGAUGAGAUCUCCAGCAGUGUGGAGGUUGUGCAAAGUGAAAUUGAGCAGCUCCGGACGGGAUUCGUCCAGUCUCGGAGGGAAACCAGAGACAUCCAUGAUUAUAUUAAACACUUAGGUCAUAUGGGUAGCAAGGCAAGCCUGAGGUUUUUAAAUGUGCCUGAAGAAAGAUUUGAAUAUAUUGAAAGUGUGGUGUACCAAAUUCUGGUAGAUAAAAUGGGGUUUUCAGAUGUCCCAAAUGCUAUUAAAAUUGAAUUUGCUCAGAGAAUAGGACACCAAAGGGACUGUCCCAAUGCAAAGCCACGGCCCAUCUUGGUGUACUUUGAAACCCCUCAGCAAAGGGAUUCCGUUUUAAAAAAAUCAUAUAAACUCAAAGGAACAGGCAUUGGGAUCUCCACAGAUAUUCUCACUCAUGACAUCAAAGAAAGAAAAGAGAGAGGAAUACCAUCCUCCCAGACAUAUGAGAGUAUGGAUAUAAAGCUGUCAACUCCAGAGCCCAGAAUCAAGAAGGAUAAUUGGCAGUCACCUGAUGACAGUGAUGGAGAGCUGGGAUCUGACCUCAAUAGAAACAGUUAUGCUGUGCUUUCCAAAUCGGAGUUUCCAACAAAAGGAAGUGCUUCCAAGUCAAGUUCAAAAUCGCACAAUGCUAGAGCCAAGAAUAAAACUGCUAGUAGCAGCAGAAUUCCAAAUAAAUCAGAAUAUGAUAAAAUUUCCUCACAUCUGCCAGAAUCAGAUAACUUGGCAAAACAGGGCACAACCCAUUAUGCAGACGUGACACCUCUCUGGCACUCACAGAGUGAUUUUUUCACUGCUAAACUUAGUCGUUCUGAAUCAGACUUUUCCAAAUUGUGUCAAUCUUAUUCGGAGGAUUUUUCAGAAAAUCAGUUUUUCACUAGAACUAAUGGAAGCUCCCUCCUGUCAUCUUCAGACCGGGAACUUUGGCAGAGGAAGCAGGAGGGCUUGUAUGACAGCCCUCAGGAUCAGUGUUUGGAUGGGGCCCCUCAGGGUAUCCAAGUGCAGAGUGAAACUGAGAACGCAGAAACCGUGGAUAGUGGAAUGAGUAAUGGUGUGGUGUGUGUAUCUGGAGACCAGAGUCAUUACAGCGAUUCUCAGCUCUCUUUACAUGAGGACCUCUCUCCAUGGAAAGAGUGGAAUCAGGUAAAGCAAGGAGCUGACUUAGGUCUAGAUUCAUCCACCCAGGAAGCUUUUGACUAUGACACAAACAGCCUCUCUGAUCGACAACUAGAUGUUUACCCUAAAGACUUAGAGGACUUGGGAAAGUGCCAUGGUGACCUUCAGGAUGACUUUGAGAGCUAUGAUUUAAUCCAAGAUGACAACUCAUCUCCGUGCCCUGGAUUGGAUAAUGAACCCCAAGGACAGUGGGUUGGUCAGUAUAAUUCUUACCAGGAACCUAAUUCUAAUGAGCUAUACCAAAACCAAAACCAGUUGUCCCUGAUGUAUCGAAGUCAUAGUGAAUUGCAGAGUGAUGAUUCAGAGGAUGCCCCACCCAAAUCUUGGCAUAGUCGAUUAAGCAUUGACCUUUCUGAUAAGGCUUUUAGCUUCCCCAAAUUUGGAUCCACACUACAAAGGGCUAAAUCAGCCUUGGAAGUGGUAUGGAACAAAAGCACACAGAGUCUUAGUGGAUAUGAGGACAGUGGCUCUUCCUUAAUGGGGCGAUUUCGGACAUUAUCCCAAUCAACUGCAAAUGAAUCAAGUACCACCCUUGACUCUGAUGUCUACACAGAGCCUUAUUACUACAAAGCAGAGGAUGAGGAGGACUACAGUGAACCGGUGGCUGAUCAUGAAACAGAUUACGUUGAAGUGAUGGAACAAGUCCUUGCUAAGCUAGAAAACAGGACUAGUGUUACUGAAACAGAUGAACAAAUGCAGGAAUAUGAUCACCCUUCAUAUGAAACACCUUAUGAAACCCCACAAGAUGAAGGUUAUGAUGGGCAGGGAGAUGAUGUAAUUAGUGAAGGGGGAUUGGAACCCUUCAAUGAAACAUCAGCUGAAAUGGAAAUAAAAGAAGAUGAAAACCAAAACAUCCCUGAGCAACCAGCGGAAGUCACAAAGCCAAAGCGGAUUCGUCCCUCUUUCAAAGAAGCAGCUUUGAAAGCCUAUAAAAAGCAAAUGGCAGAAUUGGAAGAGAAGAUCCUGGCUGGAGAUAGCAAUUCUGUGGAUGAAAAGGCUCGAAUAGUAAGUGGCAAUGAUUUGGAUGCAUCCAAAUUCUCUGCACUGCAGGCGUUUGGUGGAGCUGGGCGGGGACUUUAUGGUAUUGACAGCAUGCCAGAUCUUCGCAGGAAAAAAACUCUGCCUAUUGUACGAGAUGUGGCCAUGACCCUGGCUGCCCGGAAAUCUGGACUCUCCCUGGCUAUGGUGAUUAGGACAUCGCUAAACAAUGAGGAAUUGAAAAUUCACGUCUUCAAGAAGACUUUGCAAGCGCUGAUCUACCCCAUGUCCUCUACCACCCCACACAAUUUUGAGGUCUGGACAGCGACGACACCUACCUACUGUUAUGAGUGUGAAGGGCUCCUGUGGGGCAUUGCUCGGCAAGGCAUGAAGUGUUUGGAGUGCGGAGUGAAGUGCCACGAAAAGUGCCAGGACCUCCUCAAUGCUGACUGUUUGCAGAGAGCAGCAGAAAAGAGUUCUAAGCAUGGUGCAGAAGACAAGACUCAGACCAUUAUUUCAGCUAUGAAAGAAAGAAUGAAGAUCAGGGAGAAAAACAGGCCAGAGGUGUUUGAAGUCAUUCAGGAAAUGUUUCAGAUUUCUAAAGAAGAUUUUGUGCAGUACACAAAGGCAGCCAAACAGAGUGUACUGGAUGGGACAUCUAAGUGGUCAGCAAAAAUAACCAUUACAGUGGUUUCUGCACAAGGCUUGCAGGCAAAGGACAAAACAGGGUCAAGUGACCCAUAUGUUACGGUUCAAGUCGGGAAGAACAAAAGAAGGACUAAAACCAUUUUUGGAAACUUGAAUCCAGUAUGGGAUGAGAAGUUUUAUUUUGAAUGCCAUAACUCCACAGAUCGAAUCAAAGUCAGAGUGUGGGAUGAAGAUGAUGACAUUAAAUCCAGAGUGAAGCAACAUUUCAAAAAGGAGUCAGAUGAUUUUCUGGGACAAACAAUUGUAGAAGUGAGGACCCUAAGUGGAGAAAUGGAUGUGUGGUACAAUUUAGAGAAACGUACAGAUAAAUCAGCUGUAUCUGGGGCUAUUCGAUUGAAAAUCAAUGUGGAAAUAAAAGGAGAGGAGAAGGUUGCUCCAUAUCAUAUACAAUAUACCUGUUUACAUGAGAAUCUGUUCCAUUAUUUGACUGAAGUGAAAUCUAAUGGUGGAGUGAAAAUUCCAGAAGUCAAAGGGGAUGAAGCCUGGAAGGUUUUCUUUGAUGAUGCUUCCCAAGAAAUUGUUGAUGAAUUUGCCAUGCGAUAUGGGAUUGAAUCCAUUUACCAAGCUAUGACGCACUUUUCAUGUCUGUCUUCCAAGUACAUGUGCCCGGGUGUCCCUGCUGUAAUGAGCACCUUGCUGGCAAAUAUAAAUGCUUUCUAUGCUCACACAACUGUUUCAACAAAUGUACAGGUUUCUGCAUCAGAUCGAUUUGCUGCUACCAACUUUGGUAGGGAAAAAUUCAUCAAACUAUUGGACCAGUUGCAUAACUCUUUAAGGAUUGACCUUUCGAAGUAUAGGGAAAACUUUCCUGCUAGCAAUGCAGAAAGACUGCAAGACCUGAAAUCAACUGUUGAUCUGCUAACAAGUAUCACCUUUUUUAGGAUGAAGGUUUUGGAGCUGCAGAGCCCCCCAAAAGCCAGCAUGGUGGUGAAGGACUGUGUCAGGGCCUGCCUGGAUUCUACGUACAAGUAUAUUUUUGACAAUUGCUAUGAACUCUAUUCCCAGCUGAUAGAUCCGAGUAAGAAACAGGACAUUCCUCGGGAAGAUCAGGGACCAACCACCAAGAAUUUGGAUUUUUGGCCCCAACUUAUUACACUGAUGGUCACUAUUAUUGAUGAGGAUAAAACUGCCUACACUCCUGUCCUGAAUCAGUUUCCUCAAGAACUGAACAUGGGAAAAAUAAGCGCUGAAAUUAUGUGGACCCUUUUUGCUCAGGAUAUGAAAUAUGCACUAGAAGAACAUGAAAAGCAGCGGUUAUGCAAGAGCACCGAUUAUAUGAAUUUGCAUUUCAAAGUGAAAUGGUUUUAUAAUGAAUAUGUGCGAGAACUUCCUGCCUUCAAGGAUGCCGUUCCUGAAUACUCCUUGUGGUUUGAACCUUUUGUCCUGCAGUGGCUAGAUGAGAAUGAAGAUGUGUCAAUGGAGUUCCUUCAUGGAGCCCUGGGAAGAGACAAAAAAGAUGGAUUCCAGCAGACGUCUGAUCAUGCACUCUUUUCUUGCUCUGUGGUUGAUGUCUUUGCUCAGCUUAAUCAGAGCUUUGAGAUUAUUAAGAAACUGGAAUGCCCCAAUCCUGAAGCAUUAUCUCACUUAAUGAGAAGAUUUGCAAAGACCAUCAAUAAAGUUCUGCUUCAGUAUGCUGCAAUUGUAUCAAGUGAUUUCAGUUCAUAUUGUGAUAAGGAAAAUGUACCCUGUAUAUUGAUGAACAAUAUUCAGCAGUUGCGGGUUCAGCUGGAGAAAAUGUUUGAAUCCAUGGGAGGAAAAGAGAAGAAGGAAGGAGAAAGAUUCUUUUAUGAGCUAGACCCUGAAGCUAGUACUAUUCUAAAAGAACUUCAAGUUAAACUCAGUGGGGUUCUGGAUGAGCUCAGUGUCACUUAUGGUGAAAGUUUCCAGCUUAUCAUUGAAGAGUGCAUAAAACAAAUGAGUUUUGAACUAAAUCAAAUGAGAGCAAAUGGAAAUACAGCAUCAAAUAAGAACAGUGCAGCAAUGGAUGCAGAGCUUGUUUUAAGACCUCUCAUGGACUUUUUGGACAAAAUAUUAAGUCUUUCAGCAAAAAUCUGUGAGAAAACAGUCCUGAAGCGAGUAUUGAAAGAGCUGUGGAAACUAGUUCUUAACAAAAUAGAAAAACAAAUUGUUCUCCCUCCUCUGACAGAUCAAACAGGCCCCCAGAUGAUUUUCAUCGCAGCUAAAGAUCUGGGACAACUAUCCAAACUGAAGGAGCACAUGAUUCGGGAGGAUGCUAAGGGUCUGACACCGAGACAGUGUGCUAUAAUGGAAGUGGUCCUGGCUACCAUCAAGCAAUACUUUCAUGCAGGAGGAAAUGGCCUGAAAAAGAAUUUCUUGGAGAAGAGCCCAGAUCUUCAGUCUCUGAGAUACGCUCUCAGUCUUUAUACCCAAACUACUGAUGCCUUGAUAAAGAAAUUCAUAGACACUCAAACCUCACAAAGUCGCCCCUCCAAAGAUUCAGUGGGUCAGAUAUCGGUUCAUGUGGACAUCACCACCACCCCAGGAACAGGAGAACACAAAGUCACUGUAAAAGUGAUUGCUAUUAAUGACUUACACUGGCAGACCACUGCAAUGUUCCGUCCCUUUGUGGAAGUUUUUAUGCUGGGACCCAACCUUGGGGACAAGAAGAGAAAACAAGGCACAAAGACAAAAAGCAACACAUGGUCACCAAAGUACAAUGAAACAUUUCAGUUCUUUCUGAGUAAAGAAAACCGCCCAGGGGCCUAUGAACUUCAUCUUUCAGUUAAGGAUUACUGCUUUGCCAGGGAAGAUCGAAUUAUCGGAAUGACAGUAAUUCAGCUUCAGAACAUAGCAGAAAAGGGAAGCCACGGGGCAUGGUAUCCCCUCUUGAAAAACAUCUCUAUGGAUGAAACUGGUUUGACGAUCCUUAGAAUCCUCUCUCAGAGGACCAGUGACGAUGUGGCUAAAGAAUUUGUAAGACUUAAAUCUGAAACAAGAUUUGCUGAAGAGAGUGCUUGAAACAAACACCGCAAGAUCGCAUCUUCCGGAACUCAUCUACUAUAACUGUUUGACCCCUGCAUGCAUGUGCAAAUACGCGGGAAUGUUUAUUUCAUUAUGUUCAGUGUUUGCCAGUACUUAAGUACCAUGUCUACAAGGUAUGUGGAAAACCUGCAGAACUUUUAUACCAAUUUUGGUCUUUGAGAAAUAAAUGUUCCAUGAAGUGCCAAAAUUAUGAUGUAAAGUGACAUAUCCAGAGUAUCUUUUAAAAUGUUUAUUUCAUUACCAGUUUCUCACCCAUUAAAUAUCCUAAGAAACAGUCUUCUGAGUUCGUCCAUUAGUUGUCCUCAUUAUGUUGGUUUAUAAGGCUGGUAGAUAUGAAAGCAUUUGUCACUCAAAUUCUGUUUUAUUUAGACUUAACUCAUUGUAGAUGUCUUACAUAUACCUUUUCUACCAUGACUAGAAAUGCAGUUACUUCUAGAAAGCAUUUGUAAUUUUAUAGUUGCAGAUCUAUUGUGAUGAUUUUUGCAUACAAAUUAAAAUAGAAAAGGUGGGAAAUAUUUUAUGCUGACCAGUUUCCAACCUUUCUGAAAUAUCACUGUGAAGAAAUGCUAUUAAAAGCAAACUUAUACAAAGCAAUGCUAAGUAGAGUUUGUUAACAAUGUUUGAUAUAUCAACAAAACUUUGUUCUUUGAAACUGCCAAGGUCAUAUAACAUUUGUUAAAAAAAAAAAAAAAGGUAAGUUGCAGCAUUUGCCAUCUAGCAUUAUGUCUUGGCUUUUCCAAAUUUCAUUCUUUAAAAAGUCAAAGUCAUAGAAGUAAUGGCUUAGAAGUAUGACAGAAAGUUUGUUUCUUAAAAUUACCUAUGAUAAGUAAAUAUACUGUUAGUGUUUUCCUUCUGACAGUUAUGACUAACUCCUUAUUAGUGCUAUAAUCAGCUAAAUGCUUUCUUUUUAGAAAUAUUCAAAAUUUGUACUGAAUGCAGCAUUACUAUAUAUUGCACUGGAGCAAAAAGUCUUGUCUUCAAUUCUUUAGUGAAAAAUGUAAAAUGAAGUCUGAAGAAAUUGCUUACAGUUGUGUAAUUUGUGUUAUUUACAAGCCCAAGAUGCAUCAAAUGCAAUAGGAAAACAACUUAUUACAGCUUUGUAGAUAAAAAUAUUACUAGAUUGGAUUUGAAUAUGAAAUAGUUUAUGAAUAUUUGCAUUUUCUCUAUUUUUAUGAUUUGACUUUUUACAGUCUGUACCUAAAUACUUGGCUGUAGAACAGUACCUUGUAAUUGUAACUUAUGGUCAUAACUGUUAGUGGACAACAUACACAUGCAGAAACAAGAAACUGUUAAAAGGAAUGUAUUUUGUGAAUAAGCUGAUCUGAUAUGUUAAGAACAGAAAUGAAAAGUAUCAUGACUCUCAGAACCAUGCUGUUACUGGGUAUGAAAACAUAGACAGUAAAAUCCACUAAAUCAUGUUAAAUUGAUAGGCAAUUGCUUUGUUGAUGACUUUUCCAAAUGCAUAAUACAAUGCAAUCCUCUGGCAUAUGCAUUAAUAAAUGGAUGUAUACUGAGCACAUGCAAUACUUUAUCAUAUCUUCUGCCUUUUUAUUUCAUUAAUGCAACAUCAUUCUAUUAUUUAGGAAUAAAAAUAUCCAGACUCUUUUUACUGGAAAGAACAAUCUUCACAUUGUUUGAUUCUAGUAUCUCAUUAGGAUUGAAAAGAAAUAUUUUCCAGGAGUUGUAUUCAUCAAAAAAAUUUACAUAUUACAAGAUAAUGAACCUGAAAGUAAGAAAAAGCUGAUGUAUCUACUUGUGUGUGUGUCUCUGAAUACUGUUAAGUCAUGAAGAAAAUUCAACAUUCAACAUAUAGACAAGUAACACUGUUAAAUAAAAAAUUACUUUAUGAAAAGUUUCAUUAUGUUUUUGAAGGAUACAUUGAAGAUUUAUUACAAUUUUAUAGAACAUUGACUUGAGCUCUUUAGGAGCAUAUUAUUGUCAUGAAGUGUGAUACCCUUGAAUAAAUGGCAGUUCGGGUUUGCAUUGAUCAUUUAAAAAUUAUGAGCUAAGUAUUUUUCCAUUAUUUGUUUAAUUGGAUCUAUUCAUUCUGUCUUUGUGUGUGUGUACAAUAUGUGUCCAACACUAAUGGUGAUGGUGUGAAUUUAGUCUAUUUAUCAAUACCGUAAACUACAGGUCCUAAUUUUCCACAGUCUUCGUUGUUUCUCCCAAGACACAAGUAUUUGUUUUUUUGAGAACAAAGUCUAUUGUGUUUAUAUAUCCAAAUUGGUCAUCACCUUGAGAUUCACAGCCAUCUCUGUCAAUAGCCUCCAUUAAAGUGCUUAGUAAAUUAUUUAUCUUAUUCUAAAUAAAAUGCACAAAGACACAGCUCUGUUACUCAUCUACAGAUGAAACGCACAAGUUCUCAAAGAAACACAUGAUAAUCAAAUUUGGCUAAAAUGAGGUGUUUAAAACCAUAGUGGAACAUUUACUAUUUAAAGGAGCUCUGAUGAAUUAUUAUUUAAGAUAAAUAAUCAGAUGUCUUCAUCACACCCUGCUCUAAUUCAUCUAAUUUUAGGAUAAUUUAUAUAUUGAAUUUCCCUUAAAUGAGGUACAUUUGUAAGUGACAAUCCUAGCUUAAUGUUUUUCAUUUGGUCUUUUUAAAAAAAGUUUGAAAUGAGGUUUAUUUUCUCCUUUUAAUUUCUCUUAUAUAAAGACAUGACUAUACUAGCACUUUUAUGGGCUUAGCAUAGUAGUUUCAAUCUUCAUACUCAAAUAAUGAAAAAUAAGCAUAAUUAUGCAGGACUCAGAAAAUAUCCCUAAAUAGAAGUCCAACUCCCUUAUUACCAUGGCAGAAUUUGGGGACACAAAGGGAAUGGACUACCUUCCCUCAUACUAUCUGUGUUUAUACUCACUGAAGUCCUUUCUUAGAAAUAGCUGGCUCCUUGCUCCCUGAGUUCCAGCCCUCCAGAGGUGGGUGAUCUCUCAGUUGCAGGUGUCUGGUAUUUGUCUUUCAAAAUCGAGAACUAGGACACGUGAUUUGAAGGAGGAGAAGAUCCAAUUUGUAAUUAUCAUAUUGUACUUAUUUUAAAGUAUAUUUUUUCACAUUAUGACAAUUUUAAAAUCAGGACACAUUUUAUUGUCAUUGCCAUGCUAUAAUUUAAUGGCUUGUUUUCCUUUUUAAUUGUAAGUAAUGGUUGAUCUUGCAAUGAAUGACUUAGAAACAGUAAAUAUAAAGAUUUAUAAAAGUAGGAAAAGUAAUGGUUAUCCUUUUAACACAUCAUAUGUAUUUGAAUUUGCGUAUACUAAAAUGAAUUCUAUUGGUAUACACUUCCUGCUUUGACAGAUUCAUAGAAUCAUGUAUCAAGCACAACAAGCAAGAUUUAGGACAGUGCCAUCAUCCCCCAAAAUUCCGUCAUGCUGCUGCGUUGUAAACACUCGCCCUACCUUCAACUCCUGGCAGCAGUGACCUAUUUUCAGUCCUCCUGGUUUUAUAUUUUCUGAAAAUGUCAUAUAAAUGGAAUCAUAUAGUAGGUAGCCUUCUAAGCCUAAAUUCUUUUACUUGGGCAUUAUUCAUUUAAGAGUCAUCUUUCUCACGGCACGUAUCAGCUGUUUUCAUUGCUUAGUAGUAUCCCAUUUUAUGGACGUAGAAAAGAGUAUCUAUUCAUUCUUUAGUUCAAAGACAUCUGGGUUGUUUUUGGUUUUUGGAAUAUUAUGAACAAAGCUGUUAUAAACAUUUGUGUACAGGAUUUUGUGUGAACAUAAUUGCCUCUUCCCCAAGUGAAUAUCUAGUAGUGGGAGUUCUGGUCAUAACAUGUAUCUAUCUUUAUUAAAAAUGUCAAACUUCUACCAAAAUGAUCGUAUUAUUUUACAUUUCCUGCAGUAGUGGGUGAGAGUUCCAGUUGCUGCAAAUCUUUGAAGCA